AUGCUCUUUUCGAGGAGAUCAGAGACGGAGCAUCCCCGGUCGCAGACUGUAUGGCCUGCUGUCCCCCCGUCGCUCCGCCAUGAGUCCUUCACAGUGGACGAGGAUAAUCCGGGGGCUGCACAACCGUCCACCAAACCCCCUUACAACCAUGGCGCAGUCACCCCUUGGGUUGGCCUCCGAUCCCGAGUCUCCCAGGCGCCCAUGAAUCGAUGGACAAUCCUGCUUCUUCUCGUGCUGGCGCGACUCCUUAUUUCUCUCAACAGCCUGAACAAAAAUAUCGUCGCGGCCAAGAUAAAGGCCGUGUCUGCUUGCACUAAUGUCGAGAAUGCUGGGAGUUGGAUGGCAUCCACGCCUCACCAUCUCUCAGCUGGCGUCAAUCGCAUGGCGGCUGAUGGGAUCACAAACGCUGUCCAGGGCUUGGUCGAGAUCCUCUUGAUGAUCCUCACUGGGGUCCAGCAGCUCAUAAUGUUCUUUAUCGAGCUCGAGGUUGGUCUCGUUCUGUGUUUCUCAACCGCCAUCGCUAGGGCAGUCCUCGAGCUUGGCGAGUUCGCCAUAAAGGGCGCCACUGAGGCGUUGAAAGCUUCCCUCCAGACCAUCGCAAGCGGCCUGGAUUCUGCACUCGGCGCAUUGAACAAGGCCCUAGACGGGAUCGGAGAUGUAUUGGCUACGUUGAGCUCAGUUCCUGGCAUGAAAAACAUCCAUAUUCCUGGCACCGACGUCCUCGAAGACAAUUUGAAAAAGCUGCAUGAUGUUCCCAUCGAUACCACCUCAAUUCUGAAAGACCUGGAGGAUCUCGAACAAAAGAUCAAUUACGACAACGUCAAGAACGUGGCCAAAGAAGCCAUCGCAGUCCCGUUCGACAUGGUCAAGAGACUGCUCAACGAGAGCUAUGGAACGUGGGAAUUCGACCAGUCCGUCUUCCCGGUCCCACAGAAAAAGUCUUUAUCCUUCUGCUCCGACAGCACUCUAGAGGGUUUCUUCGAAGCCCUGUUAAGGGUCGCCGCCAAUGCGAAGAUCAUUGGUAUCGCGUCGCUCAUCACCACAGCUGUCGCCGUCUGUGCCCUCAUGGCAUGGUGGGAAUCCAGGCGAUACAAGAGGCAGCGCGACCAAUCCAAGACCAUCACCAGACAUGCGCCGAUGGACAUGAUUUACGUUGCCAGCCGACCUUGUACGGCCCGAACUGGAGUGUGGAUGUCGGAGAAGCUCACUGGAGAUCGCCGGCGCCAGUUUCUCAUCAGAUGGGUCAUUGCGUACUCGACCACGUAUACUGCGCUUUUUGUGCUAGCCCUAUCUGCUGCCGGAGCCCUGUCGUGUCUGUGCCAAUGGAUCAUAAUGCAAGCCGUCCAGAGGGAAAGCCCCGGUGUCGCCGCCACCGCCGGAGACUUUGCUGGCCAUGUCGUGACCUCGCUAGAGCAGGCCUCUGCCAAGUGGGCUAGGGACUCCAACAUCAUCAUCCUCGGGUUUCAAGACGACAUAAACAACAACAUGUUUGGCCACGUCAAAAAUGCCACCCAUGCGGCAAACGACACCAUCAACAAGUUCGACAAUGCCAUGCAUGAGGGGGUCAGCAAAGCGUUCGGGGGUGUCCCCCCGUUAGAGCAGUUCGUGAACGACAUCCUCGGCUGCCUUAUCGACAACAAGCUCGAGUCUGUCCAGGAAGCGCUGACCUGGGUGAACGAGAAGGCCCGCGUGACGUUCCCACUGUUCGCCGCUGAUGUCCUCUAUGCCGACCCCAACUCGACCAUGUUCCUAUCUGCACCAAUCUCAUCGGCGACGGACGAGGUCGCAGACGCGACAAGCAGCGUAGUCGACAUGCUCUGGAGCAGUCUCGUCCAGGAACUAGUGAUCUCGGUGGUUCUCUUCCUGAUUUACGUUGCUUACGUCUUCUUCGCGGUGGCCCAGGCGGCGAUUCGCAUGGCAAUGGGCGGCAGCACGACGGCGCCGGACAUUGCGGCCAAAAUGUCAGCGGGGGGUCACGACGGGUAUGCAUCUGCAUCUGCAUCUGCGAACCGGAACGGCACAGCCGGCGAGGAUGUGGACGGCAGGCUCGUGGAAUCGAGAGACGGGUAG